GCCAAGUCCACCCCCGCCGCGCACCACGGUGGCCGCUCCUUGUAGGAACCUCCUUCCAAAUCCCGGGGUAUAAUUAACUCCAUGCCAUUGGGACAAAUGUUUCUUAAGACGAAUAAAUAUUUGCGUGUCCACCCCUCGGAAAGCCAUCGAACCAACACGGAGAAUCCAAUUUAACCCCGGUAAUACUUUGCCAUGUCCACUCCAAUAUCGGUCCUCCCGGAGUCUGCCGGGGCGGCCGCCAUCUCAGCAUCGUCCACGCCGCAGACAUUGGCAGGAAAGGUGGCGGUUGUAUCCGGGAGUAGCAGCGGCAUCGGCCUCGCCAUCGGCAAGGAGCUCGCCUCACGCGGCGCCCACAUCGUGCUCAACUACCCCUUCCCCUCGCUCUCUGCAGCGGCCACGGCAGCGGCAGCCGAGCUACCGACAAAAUCCACGGCCGUGUGCGCGGAUCUGAGCACUGUCGAAGGCCCAAAGACACUGAUUGCAGCGGCAGUCGAGGAAUUCGGCCGGAUAGACAUCCUGGUGAACAAUGCGGCCCUCGCCAUCAACCUACCGUUCGAGGAGCAGACGAUGGAGCACUGGGACUCGCUGGUGAACCUGAACGGCCGCGGGACGUUCCUGCUGACCCAGCAGACGCUCCCGCACCUCACGCGGGGCAGCGGGCGCAUCGUCAACAUCUGCUCCGUGAGCGCGCGCGGCCCGCCCGCGCUGCAGACAAUCUACGCCGGGACGAAGGGCAUGGUGGACUCGUUCACGCGGGUGUGGGCGAGGGAGCUGCCGCCCAAGUACGGCUGCACCGUGAAUGCGGUGUCGCCGGGCCCGACCGCCACCGAGGGGUUCUUGGGUGCGGGCGAGGAGGCGAUGAAGGUUCUGCAGCCGGCCAUUGACGCCACGCCGGCGGCGAGACGGAUGGGGAGGCCCGACGAAGUUGCGUAUGCGGUGGCGUUUCUGUGCGAGGAGCGGUCCCGUUGGGUAAACGGAGAGCACUUGUUCGUUAACGGGGGAUUGUUUGUCGACUGAAUGGGGUGGGGCUCCUACUGUAGGUGGGUAGCUCGUUUUCCGCCCACAUCAUCCGAUCGGGCAGGAGGGGGGGCGGGCCUCCCAUGUAGUGUCAUUCUCGGGGGUAAUCGGAAUUGAGCUCUGGGCUAAUUAUUGCCGAGCUGGUGGAAACAAGAGCCGUCCGUGGAGAAGAUGAGGAGAAGGUGGGGGGAAGCUCGCGAUGUCUAAUUAGCAUACAACUGAGACUGGUACAUACAUUACAAUUAAACCUUGCACCUGAACGGGGAAUAGUUAAUAAUCAGUCGCUCCAAUAGUAACCAUCUGCUAUUACUGUAGCAUCAAUAUCAUGUCGCCCACCUACCUCAAGAAAGCCACCGGCGCAGCCAAGCC